CCAGGUAAUUCAACGGAAAAAUAUAAAGAACUGCAGGUGAAAAAAAUGCGCUGCAGCUCCGUAAAGGAUUUCCCCACCUCACCCUGGGCACUGUUGUGGUUUUUAUUAUGUUUUUGCUGCAGCAUUGGUUUUGCCGCUGACGCAGCCGAUCAGCUGGAUUUUUCCACCCAGGAAUGUAAGCUUAAAGAACCCAUAUAUGGCAGCACCUUCGACUUUAAUGGUCUUCACUCGGAUCUGGCCCAUGUGAUAGAAAGUCCGAGCAAUGGAAACGAUAAAUUCGAUUUUAACCUCUGCGGCAAUCUCACUAAAACCUGCAAUGGUGAAAGUAAUGUAGCCGCCUGUCUUAAAAAAAAUGGCAAGGAGUACAUUCUAGGUCGUCAGCAUGAACUGCACUAUAAGGAUGGAAAGAUGUAUUUUAAAUACAAAGGCGGGGCCAAGUGUGAGAAUGGGACGAAGGAGAAUCCUAAUUAUCAACUGCAUCUCAUCCUCAGCUGCGAUUAUACCGUUGAUGUCCAGCCCAUCCAUAUUACGCCCUAUUCCGAUGAAGCCUGCUCCUAUUAUAUAACUUACGAGACUCCCCUGGCUUGCCUUUCCAUCCCGGAUGCCCAGCAGUCAAACAGUUGCAGUGUCAAGGACCCUAAAUCAGAUCUAACCUUUGAUUUAAUGCCUUUAAGCGACAACAAUUACAGAACCAGCAAUCGUCAGAAUCAGUUCUUUUUGAUAAAUGUUUGCAAGCCCGUUCUCUAUGGACAGAAUAGCAUGUGUCCGCCUGGAAGUAGCAUUUGCCUAUUUGAUCCAAAAGAAACGGACUUUAAAAAGCGCUUCACCAACUUGGGUAACAGUCAGUCGCGUCCGGUGGUUGAGAAUGGACAGCUUUUGCUUAGACACGAGUCUCCAACGCCUUGUGCCCACAACUCCAGUGUUAAUUACACCAGUGUGAUUUACUUUAGCUGUGAUAAGGAAAUUCGGAAUGCCCAUCCUGAGUUCUCUGGCCUUGGGGCUGAUUCCUGCACGUAUCUUUUUAACUUUGCCACACCGCUGGCCUGCAAGGAUUUGAAACCGUGCACAGCCUUCACUUCCACCAAUCAGCACCUGGAUCUCAGCUCGCUUAGCACUAAGCCCGCUCACACUCUGAACAAAGAUGGCCGAAACUAUACUGUGGCGGUGUGCGCUAAUGCCGGGAAUCCCUGCCAAGAAAAUGGCGGCGCCUGUUACGAGCAGAAUUCCACGACCAUCAGCCUGGGCAACUCCAACUCACAGCUACGCUUCAAUCAAAGCGGCUCGCUCUAUUUGCUGUACGAGAACGGUGCCGAAUGUCCCACACCAACCGGCAACAAGCGCUGGUCGACGAAAAUCGAGUUUGUCUGUGCGAACAAUGCCACCAAGGACAAUGCAUCUGCAGGCAAUACGGACACUGAGGCUCUGAAAAUAAUUGAGGACUCCAAUUGCCAGCUGUUGAUCCAAUAUCAGACGCCUCUUGCCUGCCGGGAGCCGAUUAGAUGCCAGGCCAGCAUCUACGUGGACCACACCACCGAUGGACUUGGCAGCAGUGGGGACGAGCUGAUCGACCUAACGCCAUUGAUUAGCGCCAGCGACAACUACGAGGCAAGAGUCGAACUACCGGCCAGCAUGGAGCAUCUGGUGCCCAAAUCGACCAAGUUCUUUUUGAAUGUGUGUCGUCCAUUAGUGCCCAAAUACCAAUUAGGCUGUGCCGGCGGAUCUGCUGCCUGCAUGGCCAAAGUGGCGGCCAAUGGAGCCCCCGAGGAGGAGCGUAGCAUGGGCUUUCCGUUGGUUUCGCUAUCGCGAAGGAAUCGUACCUCCGCCGAGCUGCUGUAUGUGAAAGGCGAUCCCUGCCCCAUGGACAACAAAACGGACCUGUCUACGCGCAUCCUUUUCAACUGCAACAUGCGUGCGGGUCGGGGACAACCGGUGCUGCGCUCAAUCGAGGACUGUGCCUACGAUUUCGAGUGGGAGACCAAUGUCUUUUGCCCGCCGCACGAGUGCACUUUCAAUGCGGAAACCUGCGACCUGGUGCACGACGAGCUGGGUCAGCAUUUCAACUUCAAGAGUGCGCCGUUUACCAAAGACGGCAAGAUUGAGGUUGACUACAACGCCACCAAGAUGUCGGUAAAUAUUUGCGGAGAGCACCGUAAGGCGAUGACGGACUACUCGCAGGCCCUGGUCAACAUAUUCUUCAGGCACGAGUCGCCUAAUUGCGGCAAGGAAGGCACGAUGAACGUCCAGAUCCGGCUGAUAUGCAGCAACCAGACGACGACCAGCAGCACCAUUUCCAGUGACCAGCAAUGCAAUUUGCUUUAUGUACAGCGAACGCCGAGCAUCUGCCAGUUUCUUUCGCUGGCUGAGUCCCAGCACGAUCCCAAUAAUGGUGGAACCAGCACCAGUAGCUCCACCAGUACCACCACCAGCACCUCUACAGCCAAGCCAGCGGGUAAGCCAACCAAGGCGACCACGUCGACUACUCCAUCGACUCCGACUACUGGCGCCGAUCCGGCGGCUACUCCCAUCGGGCCAUCGGCCUCCGUGGGCAGAAUACUGGCGGCGAUUUUGUCGGUGACCUUUGUCGUGACGUGCCUAGGACUGUUUGCCUUCUCCCCGGCACGGAGACAGCGCGUUCGUCGCUUCUUCCGGCGCAGUAACUCGGCGGUCCGGUAUUCCCGGGUGCAGUCCAACGAGGAGGCCAACCUGCUGCUGGAGCCGAACGGGGAGUUUACUGAAAGCGACGACGACAUGCUGCUGUAGGUGGGAAUCAAAAACACGUCUUAGCCAUUAUUAGCAUGGGGCAUGGGGGUAGCAAUUUAGGUUACGUAACGACAAGAAGACACACAAGAUCCCAAAGAGAGGAGCAUUGAACACCAAAGACAUAACUGAGAAAAACCCGGAACUGAUUGUGAGAUAAACAACAAAAAAAUACACUAGUAAGGAUAUGAUUUUGUGCGAGAGAAUUGCUCGAGGAUGUUGUAAGUAAAGGAAAUUGUACAAUACGCGUAGGCUACAACGACGAUAGAAACGGAACCCAAUUAACGAAACUAUAUAUAUAUAUAUAUACAAAUAUUAUAUAUUUUAUAUACCCCUACCACAACCUAAAUGUAAAGAACGAUUCCCUAUAGUUAUAGCCGAGUGCCAGUAGCAUUCGCCGGAGAAUUGCAAAGGACAAUUGCUUAAAUAUGUAGUAUUUCCGCUGGUGUCUAUAUUUGUGUAUAAUAAUAUGGCCCAGCAAUAUGUUUCCUUUAAACAAUACAGGACCAGCUUGUUUUUUCCACUUUGUCAGUAUCUUACAGCCAUUUUUAUCCUAGGAAAAUAUGUACUUACUUAUAUGUAUUUCUUGUUUUCGUCCUUUUUUGUUUUAGUUUGUUAGGUCGAAACAUUUUUUGCGACUAAAUGUAAAACUAUAAAUACUUGCAUAUACAAUAAAACAACACUAAACCUUU